CAGGGGCCGCGGGGUCGGAGCGUGGUUUUGAAGCAGCGUCUGCCGCCACCAUGAGCGGCCGAAGCCGGGGUAGGAAAUCUUCCCGCGCCAAAAACCGGGGCAAAGGCCGCGCCAAGGCUCGAGGCCGCACCGCUCCCGACGACGCCCCGCGCGAGCCGGACCCCCCACAGCGCCAGCGGCUCGGGGAGGAAGCCAAGACCGCACAGGUGCAGGCUGGCGCGGGUUGGGGUGGCCUGGAAACCGCUGCGCCCGCGCCGGCCCGCCGGUCCCCCGGGGAGGAGGGUGCCUGCCGGCUCCCGCUAGAUUGUGGCCUCGCGCUCAGGGCCCGCGCCGCGGGAGACCGCGGGCAGGCCGCGACCAGACCCGGCCUGGGGAAGUUCCCGACCCUCUCGGAGCGCCUGGCGACAGACACCGUCUUCGUGGGAACUGUGGGGACCGUGGGAAGGCCAAAAAAUGUCCCCCGCGUGGGAAAUCGCCGUGGCCCUGUCGGGAAGAAGGCCCCAGAAGCUUGUAGUGCGGUGGGCAGGGGGCCUCAGGCGAUAGCUGGUGGGAAGCUGAAGAAAGGUACAUCCGGGGAGUGUGCUUCCGUCCAGGUGGUCGAGGAAAAGAAAGUGGAGAAGGAUGCGGGGUCCGUGCCUCCGACCACAGAUGGGAGCAUGGAUACGCUGGAGACCGUCCAGCUGAAGCUGGAGACCAUGAAUGCCCAAGCCGACAGGGCUUACCUUCGGCUCUCACGCAAAUUUGGCCAGUUGCGACUGCACCACCUAGAGCGCAGAAACCUCCUCAUCCAGAAUAUUCCAGGCUUCUGGGGGCAAGCUUUCCAAAACCACCCCCAGCUAGCAUCCUUUCUGAACAACCAAGACAAAGAGGUACUCAGCUACUUAAACAGCUUGGAGGUCGAAGAGCUUGGCCUCGCCAGAUUAGGCUACAAAAUCAAGUUCUACUUCGGGCGCAACCCCUAUUUCCAAAAUAAGGUGCUCAUCAAGGAGUAUGGGUGUGGCCCUUCUGGUCAAGUCGUGUCUCGUUCUACGCCAAUCCAGUGGCUCCCAGGGCACGAUCUCCAGUCCCUAAGCCAGGGAAACCCAGACAACAGCCGAAGCUUCUUUGGGUGGUUUUCGAACCACAGUUCCAUUGAGUCUGACAAGAUUGUGGAGAUAAUCAAUGAGGAACUGUGGCCCAAUCCUCUGCAAUACUACCUAAUGAGUGAGGGAGCCCGUGGAGAAAAAGGAAAGGAAAGCAGACAGGAUCCAGCAAAGCAGCCAACGGAAACCCCUGGGCCUGGGGUGAAUCAGGCCAACUGAUCCAGCACAAGUUUCUGUUCUACCUCCUGCUGAGCCCAUGCCUGGCUGACCACAUGUGUUUGGCGCUCUGCCUUCUCUUCAUGUUGGCCUCUGCACUGUAUCCCUUUUGACUUAAGUUACAAGAAUAUGGCAUUUAUGAUCAUGUUCUUUUGCCUUCCCAUGGCCUUGUUUUUUUUUUUUUCUCUUAACAUCAGUGCCACCUGUUCUGCCCUCUCCUACUGUUCAUAUGUUACACACUUCAGAUGUGUGCUGACCAUCAGGAUUGCUGGGACUCUGUUUUUGGCUCUGGCCUUUUCCACCUGUCUUAACAUGAUGUUGGAGAGUCAUUCUCUAAGAGGACCAAUGUACCCUGAAUCUCUAUUACUUCAGGGCCAGUGACUUGCUAAAUUUUGUGUUCCUCUGACUAUGCAUGCCAUCUAUUGCAAGCUUUUCUAUCGUCACUGCAAAAUGAGGCCAGUGCACAUGCCAAAACUGAUUUUCCCAUGGCUCUCAAGUCACCAGCCGAGAUGACACUUAUUGGAACUCCAGCUUUGGCAAGGGGCCAUGCUACCCACACUGCUGCAAGGAGAAUGACACUGGACUGCUUGGCGUGAAUGAGGAUAAUGGUGAGAAGCAGAAUGCUAUGCGUUUGAUACCAUCAUGUGUCUCUUCCUGCCUUUGGGCCCUUCUACUGGUGAACCUUCUUCAAGGCCCCACCACUAUCAGGCCUUUGACUUUUGUCUAGUUGCUGUUGGCCCCUCAUCAACAAGAGGGGCUUCCUCGUCAACAAGAACCUCAAGAACUGCCUGUGGACUUAGGUCCCCUGCCUGUACAUGAGACAUGCACCUUUGUUUCCCAGCCUUCCAGGAAUUCUUUGGCUGCCAGACUGAUUGGUGGGCUGGUUUGUGUGGGCAUGUGCCCACUGUCUUCACACUGUGGCUCCAGGCAAGGGUGGGGACUGGACUCACAGAGAAUGUGUGACCCUGUGUAUGUGGAAGAUCAAUGCUGCUCACUUUGCCUCUUAGUAAAAUCUUAACCACGUUCCCCAUUUUUGCCUAAUAGGAAAAUAGAGCUGUACAGGCCUGUUUUUUUUUUCCUUUUUUCUGAUUUUUUUUUUUUUAUGUGUGUGCGGUUUAAACUUUUUGCUUCUUCAUGAUGGACAUUUAUUACAAACACGUGCAGAAGUGGAGAAGAUGGCGGUCCCCGUGCCUAAGAUGGUGGUCCUGUGUGCCUAUCACUUAUUCACUCCACUUGUCAAUUAUGAUCAACCUGGUUUCAUCUGCAUUUUACUCUCCUUGCCUCUGUUGUUUAUGGAAAGUGCAAGACAUUGUGCCAGUUCAGCCAUGACCACUUUGGGAGAUUGGGACUAUUGGCGGUGAUAGUGGCAGGGUGCACGAUCAUCAUGUCGGUCUGCUUUUUGCGUUUAGUGUGAACUAAUGAAGUUCCAGAGAUGGGGCUUAGAAAUUAAAGUCUUCAGAUUUAACAAGGUGAGGGGGCUGUUCCCUUUCCCUUGCACCCAGAAAAGGAGAGACUGUUCUGUUGUAAACUCUGUCAGAGACUGAUAUGAUAAGGUGCUUACUUGAGACGUUCACCAGGAUGUCAGUCCUUUCUUCCUGUGUAAGAUGGAGACUCACAUGACUGUUAGGAGUGGUGUCAGCUUGUCCUGGUUUCAUAAUUCUGGUCUCAGAAGUAUAAUUUGGAAAUUGUUGCUGUGUUCUGUGAAAAUAACGUUGCAAAAAUAAUCAGUAACUGGUUGUCUUACUUGGUCAUUUGACACCCUGAUAAUAAUGCAAUUAUUUGUGUUCCUAAAUCCUAUAAAUAGUUGUAAGCUUGUGUGCAUAAUGGAAAAAUAAAAGCUUGUAUCUCUGUUAUAUAGUUUAUUAAAAAAAUUUGUAAGGCUCAGUAGUGGCUGGGCAGUUAAAGGAAUAUAUACGUUGACUUCAAUGAGUGAUUCUU